GUCUGGACGUCAUCGUGUCGCCGUGAUGUCCGUGAACGCAUCAAACUAACCUGAAGUUUCAGAGAAACUCCGCAGAGGAUGAUUUGGGUCUGCGGCAGCAUUUAUUUAACUCUUCCUGCUGUUAGAUCCAGCAGACUCAAUCCGCCUGUGCGGGACCUGUGUGCGUGUGACUGCGUUUUCGUGAGGCCCGCAGGUCCCGCAGAGACGUGAAGCUCACAGGGAGGACCGAUCGCAGGUUUGGCUGCGUGACGGGCUGGAGGGGGUGGGGGGCGUGUCCCAGUCGGUACAGCAGCCUCCCCGGCCCCGCGCCGCGCGGCACAGCAGUCUGUCCUCCAGCAAGGACGCACUCCUCCUCCUCUUCUGCGGAGCAGCGCGGAGUCUCUCGUCCCGCAGCAGCCCGCGGAGCGCCGGAUGGCGCCAUCCCCGUGCGCGCGCGCUGUGUGAGCACCGGAGGACGCGCGCGCUCCUGUCCGGACUGAAGUCAGGAGAAAAAGUCUUGAUUUUUUUAUCCAGAAAACUUUGUUCGGGAUGGAGCCGGAGGAGGGCAAGAUCUCGGUGUGGGUCUGCCGGGAGGAGAAGCUGGUCUCCGGGCUGACGAAGCGGACCACCUGCGCCGAUGUGGUCCGGGUUCUGCUGGAGGACCAGAACCUGCAGCAGGGCGGCUCGGCGGCGAUGCUCGGCGGCUCCCCGCAGUCCUACUGCGUGGUGGAGAAGUGGAGGGGCUUCGAGAGGAUCUUACCCAACAAGACGAAGAUCCUCCGGCUGUGGAGCGCGUGGGGGGACGAGCAGGGGAACGUGCGCUUCGUCCUGGUCAAGAACGACGCCUCGCUGCCCAACAACGGCCCCCGCAGCGCCGAGGCGCGCGUGGUGCAGAGCCGGGAGAGCGGCGGGCCGGGCGGGCUGCUGAAGGGCACCGCCAGGACCUGCUGGAGCGCCGCGGCCGCCGCCGCCAACCUGUCCCAGGAGAAGCAGCGGCGCAUCGUCAGGAAGGCCUUCAGGAAGCUGGACAAGAUGAACAGGAAGAAGGAGCAGCCCGCGUCCAAGGAGAAGGGCUCCGUGGAGAAGAUGGAGACACUGGUCCACCUGGUGAUCUCGCAGGAUCACACGAUCCGCCAGCAGAUCCAGAGGAUCAAGGAGCUGGACCGGGAGAUCGAGCGCUACGAGGCCAAAGUGCACUUUGACCGCAUCAAGACGCACGGGGUCAACUACGUGCAGGACACCUACAUGGUGGACUCGUCCGCGGACGCUCCUGCCGCCAAAGCGGAGCGCCAGGACGCGCGCGGCGCGGCGGAGGCGCUGGCGCAGUUUGAGGAGUACGCGCGCCGCUGCGAGGAGGUGGUGAGGCUGCAGGAGGAGCUGACGGAGCGGGAGGCUUUGGUGGAGAGCAUCACCGGGGAGAUUCAGGAGGAGCUCAACCGGAGGUGGAUGAAGCGGCGGCGGGCGGAGACGGGCGCGCAGGCGGCGCAGGACGCGGACAGCGUGGAGGAGGAGGAGGAGGAGGAGCUGUGCCGCGCCGCCGCUCCUGCAGCCGACACCGAGGAGGAGAACCUGUCCGAGAACGAGCUGGUCCUGGAGCAGGAGAGGAUCAAAACCCAACUGGACACCAGUCUGUACAUCGGCCUGAGGCUGAAGACAGACCUGGAUGCCAUCAGGGGGGACUUGGACCUGAGUAUGGCACUCUGGGAAACCAAAGAGAGCGAACUGUUGGACCUGCUGGCCAAAGUCGAAACCAUCGAACUGGAACAAGGGACCCAAACCCGGACGGAUGAAGGACAGGGGGGGCUGCCGGUGGGGAGCGCAGAGGCAGAGAAGAGCAGCGGAUGGGUGGAGCAGGCUCGAGGUUUGGCAAAGACCUGCAGCGCCAACGACGAGGACUCGGACACGGGCCUGAGCUCCAUGCACAGCCAGGACUCCGACAAUCCACCUGUGUGCGAGUCUCUGGUGUAGACGGACUUUUAUGCAACUCGUAGCCACAAACUCAGGGCAGAUCAAUCCGUGUGUGCAGUUCAGAGCAUGCUCCAAGCUCCAAACGCAUCCGCGUGCACUCCUACAGCAAUAAGUCAGAUGCUCUGCUGACGACCUUUGACCUCCACCAGGAGAGUCAGCAUAAAA